AUGCAGCUCUUCCAAACAGGCUUGUUCCCAGCUUCUUUCACCAGACCGAAAACUGCAUUUACAUUCUCUGUCUUGGACAACUUUCUGCUAGACAAUCUUGAGUGCGGGACAUCAGCGAUGAAUUACUACAGCAAAAUUCGCAGACUAACCUCAAGCAUCUUUCCACUGAUGGUUCCGGAUCGCUACAGAGAGCUCAUGAGAACUUCCAGGCAGUGGCGACAAUGCAAGCUUUACAAGUGGCAUGGAUUUGCCCACAAAGAUGACCAGCCAAUGGCCGGUGAUCUCACCCUAUUUUGCCCCGCAUGUCUGCAACCUGGGAUAAACUUGGACCUGUCUACCGGUGUAGUCGCCCAGCCUGAUGAAGCACCUUCUUGGCUCAUCACCAGGUCUUUGGUCAUGGAUGGUAAUUUCAAAGCCGAGCACAUGCAUCUGGUGAAUCCAUCCGAUGAAGUAUCAUUGAUGGAUGGUCUCACAUUCAUGGUCUCCAAUGAAAGAUACAAGAGUCAUUUGUCCAUUGCUCAAGACCAUGUCCAAAAGUCAGAUUGCAACAAUCACCAGGCGGUCAAUCAAGCAAACGCCUCCCGGCAAAGGCUGGAAGCCACCAGUAUAGGAGGAUGUGCAUGUGCAUGGCAUGGAUGUUUUGUCCCACAUUCCAUGGUGGAUUUUCAGAAAGGCGAAAGGAUAGACAGAGAGAUCAUGGAGACCCUCUGGGUGCCUUUGAACAUCAUCUCCCCAUCGGCCAGGGGCAUGGGAACCCCGCAUCACAAGGAGGUAUUAGAUUAUCAGAUGAAUGUUUGCAACUUCAUGAAAAUUAUUCGCAUCACUAAGUUUCUCUGCACAAAGUUAAAAGAGGCAAUCAAGGGUGCUGCUGAGAGCAAAUUUGCAUUCCAAAAUCUCAGCAAAACACCUCACCCUGACAUGGUCAUUCUUUGGGAGGCAGAGGAGGCACUCGCUCAUGCAAACAGACUGGAUGAUCCGACAGCUAUGGACAUCUAUGAGGUCCGGUUGGAAAAGGCUCCCACUAGAAAACAGCAGGAGUUGCGCCUCCUGCAGGCUCAAAAUUGCCCGGAACAUCUGGUCACCAACUCCCCCGGUCGCCGAGGAGCUGCCACCUGGCUCGCAACUGGUCUCACCAUAGAGGAAUCUCAAAUCUCUCUUGCUAGGGAUGUGAAACGGCUGGGAAAGCAUCCCACAGACAUGCAAUUAUUGAGAGUGGCCCGACUCCAAGACAAGCUUCAAACUCACAUCACAAGCUUUCUCAUGGUGGCUCCUACUUAUCUCAGAGUUCAAGUCGAUGUGAAUGACCCAGAUUUGCUGGUCAACAGAGUUUACAACUCCGAUCUCGAUGAUGAUCUGGAGCCGGAUAUACAUGAUACUUCCAUAUUUCAACCGGAGAUCACUGUCAUACCCCUGCCAUCCAACAUUAGUCAGGUCAGGUGCAAGGAGUUAGGUCUUAUGGAUCUCAUGAAAGAAGAAACUACCCUUCGGGAAGGCCAGGCCAAUGAUGCACUCCAUGCCAUUAGAGUUCAUUUGGGAGAUAAAGCCGUCAUAUUCCGCAAUACUGUCCGGUUGCAACUGGCUAAUCUCCCUGACCACGACCUCUUGAAGAAAUACCUUCCUUUGAAGAAAGAAGACCUGAAAACAAGCUCUGCAGUGGCGGAUCCCAAUGCACGUGGUCAGAGGGACAUGACUCUUUCAUGGUUCUGGUCCUUGGAUGUUCAGGGCGACACAUCAGGCAAUGACUGGAUGACGGAAUUUUAUCGGGUGAAUUGGCUCCGGACGAAAGCACUGCAUGAUCGUUGGAAUGAGGAGGUUAUUCUCGUCAAACAUGAAAUGCAGUGGUCCAUUAAUUUCUUUAACCACAAAGCCAAGCAAUGGCUUAGUCAUAUGGACACCGCAACUUCUGCAGGGCUCACCAGACAUACAUGUUAUGCUGCCCAACAAUCUCACAUAUAUCACCAACUAGCAGGACAUGCAGAAGAUACUUUCUGGAAGAUGAUGGGUCAGCCAGAUGUACCGGUUUGA